CCCCGACCGAGGGCGGUGUGGCGAGCCGGCUUCACGCUUCGUCGGGAGGACGAGUGGGUGAGAGAGGAAGCCCGCGGAAGGGGAGGCCAGGACCGGGCAAGGACUGAAGGAGGACCGAGGCGGGUGGGGGUGCGGAGUGCGGGGCAGACCCUUAGGCCGCGGUGGUUUCCCAGCAGCGGGGGCGGUCGGGUUCGCCGACUAGGCCGCAGCGGCCAUGGCUGUAGAUUUCGGGGACCCCCGGAGCGGGUUCCGCCACAACGAGGUGGUGGUGUUCAUCAACGAGGAGGUGCUCAGCAACGGCGGCGGUCCCGACUUCUACCUGACCUUCUGCUCGAGGCCCUGGAACGAGGUAGAGGACGAGCUAUUGUCCAUCGUGGCGGACCCGCAGGUGCCGCGCGCCGUCAAGCGGGCUUACUCGUGGAGCGCGCUGGCCUUGAGCGUGCGCGCGGCCGCGAGGCAGCAGGAGCAGCAGGCGCACCGCGUGCGGCGGCUGCAGGAGCAGCUGGAGGAGCGCGAGACCACCACUUGGGCUCUGGCCAACCAGCUGCAGCGGCUACGCCAGGAGCGCGAGCAAGUGGUGUCGCAGUUGCGCCGUGUGCAGCACGACCUGCAGCAUGUGCUGGAUGAGCGCGAGGCGCUGCGUGGCCAGCUUCUCCAGGCCCAGAGGCAGCCCCAGCAGGUCGGGUCUCGAGUGCAGCGGCUGGCGACGGAGGUGUGGCCCCUGAAUGCAGAGGAGCGGAACGAGGUGCUGGCCGCCACCCGGUCGCAGCGUGAGCAGGAUGCGGAGACCCAGAGAGGAGAGAGAGAGGAGAAAGAGAGAGAGGAGGCCCGCAUGGCCUCUGAGACAACAGGUGUGCUUUACGCACCAGGAUCGCCGCCGCCGCCGCCGCCGCCGCCGCCGAGUCCCUGGGCCCAGGCUGUUCAACCCUCUCUGCCCAUGCCGUUCCCCAUGCCAUUCCAGGUGGCGUUCCCCUACCCACCACCUCCCCAACCCAGGGUAGUCGCGGAAGCAGCAGCAGGAGCGGCGUUCACACCCCAGAUGCCUGCUGCAGCCAUCUACCCACCUGGCAUGUGGCCUCCGUUCAGGCCUCUGGAGGAGAUAGCCAUGUGGUGGAACCAGAGACGCCAAAGCCAAGAGGAAGGUCCUGCCAGGCUCCACUUUGGCGUAAACCCCGCAGGGCGCAGCUGGAGUCAGGGAGACCUGAUGAAGGAACAGCCACAGGGAGAGAUGCCCAGGCAACCAAAUGCUCCAGGAACUUUGUGUGAAGCCGAAGAAACUCCAGCUCCCAGUGUGUGAAUGAAUCCUCCCAAAAUACCCUCUGGCUCUCAGCGGGCUUCACCUCAGUGAGACCUCAACUGGCUGGAGCUAGUAGAAGUGUGAAGAAAGGAGACAUUCUGGCACACAUCUUGAAACGGGGGAAGCAGACAGAUUUUGUUAGAAUUUGACCCUUCUCUUAUGGAAAAGGGAUUGGCAGCAGAUUUCAAAGGGUGGAUGGGAAGGUAGUAUUAAAUGUUAGAGGUUAUAGCAAGCUUGUUGAAUUUUGUUUAUUAAUUCAUUGAACAAAUAGUUACUGAUUGCCCCGUAAGAGUUAGGAACUACAGUGAUAUUUUAUUCUCUGGUGCAUACAUUAUAGCUCAAUUGGAUGAGUCUGGUUAGAUAACAGAAGAGCCUUAUUUGGGAUACAGUGUACACU